AUGUCGUCCCCUUCCAUAUCUCCAUCCACAAGUUUCAUACCGCGUCAUGAUCAACCUCUGCACACACCAGCUAUAAAGUCCACAAUAGGCCAUGGCGGUUCCAGUAGUGACGGAAAUGACUCCGGCAACAAGAACGACAACGCCGAGAGCUCUCUUGGUUCGCUUUCUCCAAUAAUCAACUGUAUGUUGGCCGGCGGACUUGGGGGAAUAGUCGGAGAUACUGCUAUGCACUCGCUCGACACAGUGAAGACGAGACAACAGGGUCUCACUCACAAUAUCAAAUACAAGAACAUGGUUUCUGCAUAUUUAACUAUCUUGAAAGAAGAGGGUUUGUUUAGAGGGUUGUACGGAGGCUAUAGCCCUGCUAUUUUGGGAUCCUUUCCCUCGACGGCCGCAUUUUUCGGGACUUACGAAUUUACCAAGCGGACAUUGAUUGGAGAUUAUCAUGUCAAUGAAACAGCUGCUUACUUCAUCGGGGGGAUUCUAGGAGAUUUAGCAUCUUCUAUCUUUUAUGUUCCCUCCGAGGUUUUGAAAACAAGACUUCAACUCCAAGGAAGGUACAACAAUCCGUACACCAAAGGCUCCGGAUACAAUUACAAGGGAUUGGGGAAUGCCAUUUCAUCUAUUCUCAAGACGGAGGGCUCUGCUACGUUUGUAUUCGGCUACAAAGAAACCUUGUUCCGAGACUUGCCCUUCAGCGCAUUGCAAUUUGCGUUCUACGAAAAAUUCAGACAGCUAGCUAUUUAUUACAAUAACCUGAGUCAGGAGCUUCCAAUAUCGAUUGAACUUGCCACGGGGGCAUCCGCUGGUGGAUUGGCAGGAGUCUUGACGACUCCCUUGGAUGUGAUAAAGACUAGAAUCCAGACAGCUACCACAACAACCAUCAACUCCAAUACUAGCUCGGGUGUAACCAGCACACCCAGAACAAGUACAAGAUCCCCACUUUCAGCCAUAUUAAGCAAAUCUUCCACAAUUAAGGCGUUGGGAUCGAUAUACAAGAACGAAGGGGUGCUCGGGCUCUUUUCAGGGGUUGGUCCCAGAUUUAUCUGGACCGGAGUGCAAAGCUCAAUUAUGUUACUAUUGUACCAGGUUUCCUUGAGGAAGUUUGAUGAAGUAUUGGGCAACGGAAAGAAUGUUCUUGAGUAG